GACAGCCGGGAGCACGGGAGAGGGACGGACCCUCCCCCGCCGCCAACCCGCUUCCUCCUCCUUCUCCUCCACCUCCUCCCCCGCCUCCGCCUCCGCCUCCCGGCCGGGAAGAGCUCGCCGUGCCCGCUGCAGCCCCGCUGGAUGCACUGAGCGCUCGGGCGCGGGGAGAGAGGGGCAGGAGGGAGCCGGGAGCCCCGCCGCGGAGGCGCUGCGCUACCCGGAGCCUCACGGCCAUUUGCUUUAAUUCUUUUAUUGCCCCCCGGCCGCCUCCUCCUCUCUGCCCGCGGGAGCCAGCCGAGGCGGCGGGGGCUGCAUCCCCCCUCCCCCCCCCUUUUUUUUAAUUUUUUUUUUUUUUUUAAAUUUUCAUCGCCGCCAUGGGAUGUACCCUGAGUGCUGAGGAAAGAGCCGCCCUGGAGCGGAGCAAGGCCAUCGAGAAGAACCUGAAGGAGGACGGGAUCAGCGCGGCCAAAGACGUGAAACUCCUCCUGCUCGGAGCCGGAGAGUCGGGAAAAAGCACCAUCGUGAAGCAAAUGAAGAUCAUCCAUGAGGAUGGCUUCUCUGGAGAAGACGUGAAGCAGUACAAGCCAGUGGUCUACAGCAACACUAUACAGUCCCUGGCAGCUAUUGUCCGUGCCAUGGAUACCUUGGGCAUUGAGUACGGUGACAAGGAGCGACGGGCUGAUGCCAAGAUGGUCUGCGAUGUCGUCAGUCGGAUGGAGGACACAGAGCCCUUCUCUCCAGAGCUGCUGUCAGCUAUGAUGAGGCUCUGGGCAGACUCUGGGAUCCAAGAAUGCUUCAACCGGUCCCGGGAAUAUCAACUUAACGACUCAGCCCAAUACUACCUAGACAGCUUAGAUCGAAUUGGAGCUGCAGACUACCAGCCCACCGAGCAGGAUAUCCUCCGAACCAGGGUCAAAACAACUGGCAUCGUAGAAACCCAUUUCACAUUCAAAAACCUCCACUUCAGGCUCUUCGAUGUCGGGGGCCAGCGGUCAGAGCGCAAGAAGUGGAUUCACUGCUUCGAGGAUGUCACGGCGAUCAUCUUCUGUGUGGCGCUGAGUGGCUACGACCAGGUGCUCCAUGAAGACGAAACCACGAACCGCAUGCACGAAUCUCUGAAGCUUUUUGACAGCAUCUGCAACAACAAAUGGUUCACAGAUACAUCUAUCAUCCUGUUUCUAAACAAGAAGGACAUAUUUGAGGAGAAAAUUAAGAAAUCACCACUGAGUAUCUGCUUUCCUGAGUACACAGGCCCCAACGCUUUCACGGAGGCGGUGGCGUACAUCCAGACUCAGUACGAGAGCAAGAACAAGUCGGCCAACAAGGAGAUCUACACUCACAUCACCUGCGCCACCGACACCAACAACAUCCAGUUCGUGUUCGACGCCGUCACGGACGUCAUCAUCGCCAACAACCUGCGGGGCUGCGGACUCUACUGAGGGCCGCCCGCAGCGCCCUCCGGCCCGCGGACAGGUCCUCCCUUUCCUUGUUUUUGCCUCCUCAGAAGAUGACAAGGAAGAAGUACACAAUUCCCUCCUCCUGUCCCAGAAAACUCUGCAGCGAGUUCUGCUUUCCCCAGACCCGUGUUACUUUAUUUUGGUUCAUUUUUGGUUCGUUCCCUUGCUGCCCCGUCCUACUCCUCCGUUCCGAUUCACAGUGUUGUGCAGGGAGCUAACGCAUUUCCCACGAAGUGCAUUUCAACUGCCAAAAGACAAAAAUACUUCAGUUUUAAAGAGAGAAAAAAAUCAAAGCCUUAAAAUACUGGUCAGGAACAGUGUAGUUUGGAACCAAAACUCUUUUUUUGCCUUGAAAAUUAAGGGAUAUUGUUCAUUCUCCUGGUUAUUUGCCUUUUUAAAAAACACUAUUCCUUUGGGAAGUGCUAAAUACAACCUGAUCAUUUUGAAGGUCCCUUACAGCUCCAGUUCUGACCCCAAUGCUGGAGGGUUUGGUGUUGAAUGCAGCCAGGAUUUAUACAUUCUCCUUUUUUCCAGACAGCUAUUUGAACAAGUAAAACAGCCAUAUCGAGUUCUGCUGGUGUCUGACUAACAGGGACACAGUAACAAAGCCUACUAAGCCUUGUCUAAAAUCAUUCAUUACUGGUAGCAGUUUUACCUCAAGUUUUUCAAAAUUAAUGAUAAAAUUUAUCUAGUGGUUGCCAUAACCCAUUUCUGAGGCACUUCCAUGGAGGCCAUGGAGGGGCUGGGCUGGGACCCCUGGAGUGUUGGCAGUGAGGAUGCCCCAGGAAUGGUGUCCUGAUGGGGACUCCCCACUCAGUGGCAUCCUGACAAGAAAUCCAGCCUGGGGACCUUUCCCACAGCACCUCCCAGCCUCAGUGAUUCAGCAGAGGCAAUGGCUUCUGCACACACACAGCAUCACUUUCCAAACUUCAGCCUUGAAAUGCUGGGAUGCACAAAAUAUUUUUAGCCCUGGCUUCUUGUAGGCAGAGUCUGACCUUCAAGUGCCUGAGACAGGGAAAGGUGCUUUGGAAAACCUCCCCGUGCUUGGGUGGCAGCAAAGUGUGCAAGAGCCUCGUGGCCCUUCACUGCCCCUUGAGAAGCCCAACCUUGUGCUCUGAGCCUCCUUGGCUGAGCACAAGGCAGUGGCUGUCCUGUGUCACCUCCUGCCUGAGCAUCCCACAGAGACAGCUCCAGGGUCGGUGUCUCCAGUCAGGGCGUCUCUUCACCAGUAUCUGUAUUGAGAUGGAUGGUUAACACUGGCAAGGGAGCUGAUUUAAGUGAUGGAGCAGGAGGAAAAGUGCAAGGAAAGGAAGAAGGAAGGGCAGGGGAGAGGAGUGGGAAGGGUGAGAGUAGCACCCACACAGUAAAACUGGAGGUUCAGAGAGGAUAAAUGCAGGUGGGCUGGAGUGAAUGUGGCCACCACCAAGAACUCUGGAUGCUGCUGAGUUGAAGGCAGAAGGGAAUGUGAAAGGUGGGGUGUCACCUCUGUGGACAUGGAGGGACUCUUAGGACCCCAAAAGCUUGUUUGUUGUCUGGGUGAGACAACAACUCUGAGGUCCCACUGGGGGCAGGUGGGCAAUGUUGAUCCCUGCCUCUUCUCUGCCCCUCUUAGAAGUCCAUUGUCUUGAAAAACAUGAAUCUUUGCAGGCUGGCCAGAAGUUCAGCUGUCCUCUCUUGGGAGCCUUAUCUAGGAGUGGCUUUCAGGUCUCAGGAGGUCUCUCCAGGGCCGUGGUUGAGAGGGACAAUAUCUCUUCUCACCGUGCCCAUUUAGGAGAGAUGGUGUGAGAGCACCCAGAGCAGCACAGCCCCAAGGGGAGGGGCCAGGUGAGUGGGCAGAAGGCAGUGACAGGAGCACAUAUGGUGGCACAGCAGGGAGAGGACAGUGGGAGAGGCUUAGGGAACGUUUUGGGAGAGAAGCUGCAGAAGGGAGAUGAGGCAGAUUGACAUAGCAGGGAGGAUGGGAAGAAAAGGGCACCUGGGAGCCAGAGGAGAGUCCCCAUCAGGAGCUGUGCUCUGCCAGGACAGUAUUUGUGGGACAUUUGUGACAAAUGCCCAGCCAGGGCAAGCAGGAAAGGCGUGCAGAGGACAACGAGGUGUCUGUCACCCAUCCAACCAGCUACAGCCCAGCAUGGCUGGUAACUGCCAGUAACCCCUAGAGAGAAUUAAAUCAUGUAUUUACUAUUGUACAGCAAGGACCUGCUGCUGCUCUGCUGGGCACUAACAGCAAUAACACAACUCCCUGCCUCCCCUGCUCUGGCACAAGCAAGCACCCACUUUUCUCUUCACCAUCUCAGCCUUAAAAUGCCUCCAAUGGCGUCGGCUCCUGCAAAGAGCUGGCCAGGAAAACCAGGAGCUCCUGUGUGCUCCUCGUGCCACAGCCCACCCACACAUCUGUCUGAGCCCCAGCAGUGACACCGAGCAUCCACGCGGGUGUUGUGUCAAACCCAGGGCAGGAAAACCAUACACUGGUUACAUUUGUACCUGACAUGUAACCACUGGACCCAGAGUGAUGCUGGCUGGUGCUGGCAGGGAUGCAGGUCAUUUAUUAAGCUCUGUAUGAAGAGUUUGAUCAGAAGCACAGGAGUUUUGGAGAUUUUCUGUUCCCACCCCUUGCUGUGAAUGAUGUUUUAGCCAAGCAAAUAAGUAACAGAAGCAGUUCCCAGGGAAGGCAGCACCACACCUAGGCUUUGUGAGCUCCCAGCAUAAAGAACACAGAAUAUUUUGAUAAAGACAAUUUAAGUUAAUUCCAAACUGCCAAAUGCAGUCAAGUGGCCAGUGCUGGCUCAGUGUGCUGUUAGCACUCUCCAGGCUGGAUUCAGGUAACCAUUCCCAGCUUUGCCAGCUGGGAAGUCCAGGCCCCCUCUGCAGCUCCAGCUGGUCCCUGGCACAUUGGUAACCAUCAACAGCUGGUGCCCCAUGGGGAGAAAAAGGAAAAAAACAGAGGAAAUGCUGCCACACAGAGCCUCUUCUUUCAUUUUCUUUGGCAUAUUGUGUGUCUAAAGCUUCAUCUCAGCUGCUGCUGCUGACAUUCCCUCCCUCACACAAGUGUCAUGAGGAUUCACUGACAAAUGCUGGAAACAGCCUUUGGAAAAUGAAAUCCUUCCAGUGUUAAACACUACUAUUUCUCCCACUUGAUGGCCGUGUAUAGAUUUGUGUCUCCAGAACGCCUGCCAGAUUAUUGCUCACUGCUGGCUUCUGCAUCCUCAGAACCCCUCCUGACAGAUGUGCCUUCCGCAGGCAAUCUUUGGCCCCGUGCUUUUUCUAAACACCAGCAAUUCUUGCAGCAGUUGCCUAAAAAGCACGGUGAAAUACAUUUCCCGCUUUCAAAAGCCUUUUCUUAACAGCCCCUUGAGCUUUGCAAUUGCUGUGCUCAGAAUCCAGACCCUUGGAGAUCCAGAGCUGCGUCUCAUUUGCAGUCUCCACAUAGCAGGGAUGUCGCAACUGGUACAGCUGCAUCAGAAAUCCUACCAGGGCAUGGAGGAGAGAUUUUAAAAGCACAAAAUUCAAUCAGCUAUGUAUACACUCUCCUGCCCUUCAAAGCUUAUGUGAGAAUUUGCAAAAAAAAAAAAAAAAAAGCCCUUUUUGGGAUGCAGAAGGUUUUUACGACUCAGGUCACUGUUCCAGCAGCAGAAGCAUCCAAGGGCUGUCAGCAUUGAAAGUAGCAUUAGCAACUCGUGAUGAGCUUCAGACAGCAGCAAAAAAAAAGAAGGAAGCUCCCUGUCGGCGUGCUCCAUAGUCAGUGAGAGGGGCGGUUGUGGAGCCAUGAGACCACAAAAAUGCAAAUGGCUUCUUUAUUUAAACAACAAUUUCAAUGAAAUAGAGAAACCCGUACAAGGAAAGUCUUGCAGCGCUGGGCUGGUUGGGAGACCGAGCAAUAACCAUGCGCUGGGAAAGCACACACUGAAAUACAGCCCCAGGCUGCCAAGGGCAGUUUUUAAUCUUGCAUAUAGAAAUUGCGCACAGUGUGGUUGUCUCGGGGCCGGAGGAGCCCGGGGAGCGGCGGGACAGCGGGGACGCUCUGGCCCUGCCGCCUGCGGGCGCGGAGCGGCCCCGCCGGGCUGGGACGGGCACAGCCCUGCUGCCGGCCCGCCGACACUCCCACUGCAUCUCUCAGGAGUUUUGUACCGGAAUUAGCUCCCUCCUUCAGCCAGCUUCCCUGGAUGGCCGGUCAUCCCUGGAGGGGAGAGCAGCCUCAGGAGGAACCUGCCGUGCCUCCUCUACUGAUGUGAUUUUGUUUUGCAGGACCCUCAAAGUAUGAAUGAGGGCAGUCUUUAAUGUAAAUUAAAACAUAUGUGGUGGGUUUAAUCUAUCAUGGCAUGAGCCCAGUGCUUGCCUGCAAGGGAACAAACCUUGUUCUCAGUGCAGGAGUGCAGUCUCCAAGAGGUCAGGAGGUGACAUAGAAGAUGUCCUUUUGCCAGAAGGUCCCCGUGUGCCCAGCCUCACUGUGCAGCUCAACAAGGCAGACACCACCCCUGGGGGAUCUGCAGACAGUGCUGGGAAAGGGACCAACCCUGCACUGUUAGUUUGUAUGACAUGUCCCAAGCUUUUUGUGGUCACAAAAUCUCCUGAAGCCAGGGAGAGUUGCUGAGUUCCUGGGAAGAAGGCUGGCCAUCUGUCAAGUCAAUUAGAGAAGCUCAGUUCCAGUGGGCUUGGGUGUUUUCAUGGUUUGUCUUCAGUCUUACCACCAAAAACCCCACAACCAUUUCCAAGGAGACUGAAACACUCAUUAGUGAUCUGACACUGGACACGUCAAGGUCAGUAGGAAUGGUGUUAACUGAGCAUCACCCUGAGCACCCAGGCCCAUCACUCAUCCCCAGUGCACACGUCAGACAGCAGAGACGUGGUCCAAGUGGCACAGAAUUGCAGACCAUGGCCUUGCCUCUACCUCCCUGCAGGAAAGAGCAGGCAAACACACCCCAAGGCUCCCUGAGACUGGAGGGAACUGUGUCAUUUCUGAGCUCCAGCACUGACACGAGGUAAUUGAUGCUGACAGAUAUAGGUACGUGACCUAUAUAGUUAUACUGAGAAUGUGGCUAUGGCAAGGGACUUUGCACAGCCAGCAGCCUGGGAAAUCUUUAUUUGUGUGCAAACACAAGCAAGUUCAACCCUUAAACCCUUAAAUGCCUUAGUGAGAGGAGGACCAAGCCUCCAGCUGGCACCCUGCAGGCAGAGGGAAAGGGAGCUGGAUUCAAGAAACAGCCCCAUCUCCCCAAGAGGGCAGCUCUGUCCAUGGACACUGGGUGCAGUAGGCACAGGGAGGAGAGGCCAGGAGAAGAGGCAGAGGGGCUGGCAGCUGGCUGGAUGCUCACUGCCCAGGCCCUCUUCCACCCAGUGUCUUGGAAAUUCAGAUGCAGUCCUGACUGUAGUGCAGGCAAAGCGCUCCACAGCUAAAGCUGCUGCUCCAGGUGGGGAGAUGUGAUCAUGGCAGGUAAAACAUCAUUUUCAGCAGUGCCUGAGUCUCACCAGCUUUUCCAGUGCUGGACCAACCUGGUGGUGCUGGGCAAGCAGAUAGGGUUGUUUAAGCACCAGCCAUGGCCCUGUUAAUUACCCCAGUCCCUAAUUUGUGCUCCUCAGCCCUAUUCCUCCACCUCCUUUUUCCCACUUGAGCUCAACAAGGGAAGAGUGACCACCACCCUGCCUCUGGGCUCCCCACUCCCAUCACAUUUCCCAAAGGAUCGCCAGAGGCCGUCACAUUUUCCCUUCGCUGGUUUCCCGCUGAAUCAUUUCUCCUGCAUGUUUGAUGGCCCAAACUGUAUUAACUGUAAUUUUGUACGAAGAGUGACUGUCCAUUGGUUUAAUAGAGCAUUAGUUAUUGUAAUAAUUUAUUGGCUGUUGGUAAUGUAUUUAUUAGUUACAAAAUGUUAAUAAAGUGCCAGCUCUUUUCUAG